UCGCAGGAUUGUUACCCACGGUGAAAUGUGCACCUUCCUUUCCCUUCGUUCAGCCUCUUUGAACGAAGAUCGAUAUGCCGACGAUGGCACAAUCCAAAAUCCAUCUCGAUCAGGUCAUCACUGCCAUCAUCUUUCCUAGCUAGCUAGAGCCAAACUCUUUCCUUCGUUUCAUCUACUACUUCGUUGCACCAUGUACUCUGACUUGUUUGAUCACCUGGGAUCCAACGCUGGCAACAGCAGCAGCAGCAGUAGCAACAGCAAUGAAAAGCAGUUGGUGACCUUCAAGGCCGGCAAGAUGGAUUUGACGCUCCAAGAAAAUGGCAACUACUGGGCUGCUCCCGAUACGCGUCGUGGUGAGAUUCGCAUUGUAUGGAAGACCAAUGAGAAUACACUCUAUUGGGAAUGGUACGAUCGUCGCGAAAAGAGCGUGGCCGAUGCGGAUCGUCAUUUGCUGUUUUCAUUGGGAGGCACCUCGCAAGAAUUGGGAACGCUCGAGAAGGUCACCAAUGGACCCAAGCAGCAAGCAGGAGAACAACCCGAUCGACUCUAUGUUUGGAGUCGUCCACCGGCUGCCGGGGCAACCAAUCCUGGCUACGAAAUGUACUGGAUGCAAGAUGCGUCGGAAGAAAAGGACGAUGAAUUCAUUGCCAAGAUCAAUCAGUAUCUUGCCGAUCCGGCAUCGGCCAAUCCCAACAGCAGUUCUACGACGGCCGCGAGUUCCAGUGGUGCUGGUGGUGGAAGCAGCAGCAGUACGACGCGCAAUGCCGACACGGCCACGAGCAGUAGCAGCAGCAACGAUCGUCAACAAGUCGAUGCCUUGAGCAACAUUCUGGAAAACUUGGGAAUGCCUCAAAACAACAAUGAGGGGUCUUCUUCUGCCUCCAACAACAAUGCCGCCAGUACCAGCAGUGCUGCCCGCAGUGGCGCCGGAACCUUGACAUUGGCUGAUUUGCAGGGCGCCAUGGCGGGGUUGCAGCAACAACAGUCUGGUCCACCGGGUCCUCCACUCCAGGAAUUGGUCACACCCGCUGCCAUUACAUCUCUGUUGGAAAAUGAAGCCAUCAAGAAACGACUCUUGGAACUCUUGCCGGAAGAACAGCGUUCCGAAGAGUUUUUGGAAGAGAACUUGCGCAGUCCUCAGGUCCAACAGACUCUUCGAUCGUUGACCAUGGCACUCUUGCCCGAUGAUACCGGAAGUAUGGAUGGAUAUCAUUCUGUUCUCGCCAAUUUCAACAUGGCCGAAGGAGCGCAAGAGGCACUCCAGAAUAAUUCCAACAAUCCCAUUCAGGCUUUCUUGGAGUGUGUUUUGAAGUCAGUCGAAAAGGAAGGAAAGGACGAUACCGAAGAAGAAGGGAAGAAAGACGAAGAGACAAAGGAAUAAGCAAGUACCGUACAUACAUUUAUAUUAUGCAGGGAUAGAUCAUGAGGCUGGAUAGGUGGCUGGAGUGCUGGAACGACAGAGAGAAGGACAAGGUCUUGUAGUAAGGAGGAAAUAAUAUAGCAAAAAUGGAACCAAACAGAAUGGGAUUUUGUUCUUCCCAAGCUACCUGUAGUGCUCUCAUAGUCCAAGCAUAGAAAUAUGCUCGUUAAGCAUAUCGUAGGAGUGCGUUCCAUCCUCCAGCUGCUGACGAAACGAUCCACGACAUUCAAGACGAGACAUACGAUCUAGAAUGAUUCAAUCAGUCAAUCAAAGCAUCGAACAAAAUACGGCAAGUAGCGAGCAUAAUAACGCGUCAAAAG